AUGGAUGCGAUGUUGGAUACCAUCACAUUUUUAGGAAAAUUUCUAUAUUACUUUGUAGAAUCUUUGGCUUACAAGAUCAUUCCCAGGGGGAAAAAGAACAUAGCUGGAGAGAUUGUACUUAUAACAGGAGCUGGAAGUGGACUUGGAAGGCUAUUGGCCUUGCAUUUUGCCAGUCAUGGAGCCAUUUUAGUUCUAUGGGACAUUAAUGAAGAAGGCAAUAUGGAAACAUGUAGACUGGCCAAAGAAAAAGGUGACGUGAAAGUAUUUGUUUAUAAGUGUGACUGUAGCAACAGGCUAGAGGUCUACAGAGUUGCUGAUCAGGUCAGAAAAGAAGUUGGUGAUGUGACCAUCCUCAUUAACAAUGCUGGCGUUGUGACAGGAAAGCUCUUCCUCAAUAUUCCAGAUCACAUGGUGGAAAGAUCAUUUCUGGUAAAUGCUCUCUCUCAUUUCUGGACUUGUAAGACCUUCCUUCCUGCCAUGAUUAAAAAUAACCAUGGUCACUUGGUCUGUAUUUCAAGUGUAGCAGGAUUAACGGGUACUAAUAGACUGUCAGAUUAUUCUGCAAGUAAGUUUGCAGCCUUUGGCUUGGCUGAGUCGCUCUUUCUUGAAUUAACUAUGAGAAAGAAAACUGACAUCAAAACCACCAUAAUUUGUCCAUAUUUCAUCAAAACUGGAAUGUUUAAGGGCUGUCAAACCAAGUAUCCACUUCUGUUACCAUUACUGGAGCAGGAGUAUGUGGCCAAAAGAGUUUUUGAUGCUAUUUUAGAGGAACAAGUUUAUGUAAUGAUACCCAAAUUUAUAUAUUUCGCAUUGAUUCUUAAACAAAUAAUAUCGCCAAAAAUGAUGAUUGCCCUUGGUGAGUACCUUGGAGCGGACACUUGCAUGUCUUCUUUCCAGGGGAGAGAGAACGCCAAUGAACUUCAGGCUGAAACCGAAGCACCGGUAGCUCAAGCCGCCAAUGUGGGAACCGAAUAA